CUUUUAAGACGUCUCGGUGCGGCUCCAGAUUAUCAAAAUCAACGACCUGCUGGACCAACUUGUUCUUGCCCGGGCCAUCGUAAACAGCUUCUCUGCGGCCGAUAGAUGUGACUCUUGACACGGCAGGACAAGCCAAAAGCUCCUUAAGUAUUUGCUCGCCGACAGCUCCAGUCGCACCCAAGAUCAAAGCCGAUGACAUUGUACGUGGGUGCAAUUGCGAAUGUAACGUAGACAAGGUUGCCGAUAUGUAUGAUGAAAUGCACGUCUCGAAUGACGCGUCCUUUGUACAUAGCCCAUAUUCUCGAAGAAGUUCUUUAUAUAGGGCGAUAAUUCCGGUCUUCGCUGCGUAUACCCUCCCUAUUUGCCGAGUACGGUACGUCAGAGCUGCUCUCCACACUGCAAGUCCAGACGUACCCAGUUCACGGGCAUACGCUUUGCAGUAGCAAUUGAGCAUCAUGACGACCCUAAGAAGAAUCCAGAAGGAACUUGCUGAAAUUCAUAGCAAUCCCAUCCCGAACAUCACUGCUUCUCCGAAGAGCGACGACGACCUGUUGCACUGGCAAGCCAGGAUUACCGGGCCCACUGGGACUCCUUAUAAGAACGGCAAAUUCGAACUAUCAAUUGAUUUCCCGUCCAAUUAUCCCUUCUCACCUCCCAUCAUCACAUUCGUUACGCGUAUAUACCACCCUAAUGUUUCCUCUGCGCCUGCACCGUCUUCUGGAAACACUGCCGGUGAUUCCAAUGUCUGCCACGCUUUGCUGAAGCCGUCCGAGUGGAAACCAUCUACAAAGCUUACCACGGUAUUGGAGGCUAUGGUGGAUCUCCUCAUAAACCCUAGGGCGGAUGAUCCCCUUGAGCCUAAUGUGGCCCAGGAGUAUUUGACGGACCAGAUUAAAUUUGAGAAGACGGCAAAGGAAUGGGUAAAGCGGUAUGCUUUGGCAUGAUUGGCGUAAUUGCGGCAAACCGGGGGUUCAAGGAGGACUGCAACACGAGC